CUUAAAGAUAACCCGGAAGUUCUUCUUGUUAAAACGGUGGGUGUUGAAUUAAUAUUGAUUGUAAAUAAAGUACGAGUCGAACAUAUGUAAAAGAGGAAACACAUAAAAACCGAAAAAGAUAUGUUGGCUAUUGAAUGGUACUUGACCGUGAUAGUCUUUGUCUUGAUCAUUAAGACAGGAAGUGGAAAGAACUGUUCAUCCAUCACCCAAUGCAGAUGCCAUAAACUCGAACGGAAACUGUUUGCGGACUGUUCCGAUUUAAAUUUAGAAACAGCCCCAUAUUUUCCAGAUGACGUCGUUGGUAUCAAUUUUGCCAAAAAUAAGUUUUCAAACGUACCACAAUCCCUCCCCAAAAACCUCUUGUUUUUGGACAUGUCUAACAAUAAGCUUGUUUUGUUGGACAAUGGUUCAUUUUCCAGAUACAAAAUGCUUCAAAAUAUCUCGCUCUCUCGAAACACGCUUAGAGAAGUUUCAAUUGGAACUUUUGCAUGGAAUUCACACCUGAGGAAUUUAGACAUUUCAUUCAAUAGAAUACUAACGAUUGAGGCCAUGUACAAUGUCACCCAUGACUUGCAGUCUUCAAAAAUCCGAACUCUAAAUUUCGAGAAACUCCAGUGCACGUACGGAGUGAGUCAACUUAUGCGAGUAUACCACGUGGGUUUCCUGAGACAUACACAACUUACUGAGCUUAAUAUAGCUUCAAAUAGAUUAUACAGCCUUGAAACGGGGUUUUUGAAUGUGCUGCCCAAAUCACUUCGUAUUCUUAACAUUGCAGAUAAUAAGUUAGGCUUUGGUAUGUUUAUUUUCGAGUUCUCUGUCCUCCCAAACUUAGAAAUUCUGAACGUUAGUUUUCAGGAGUCUUUUCAUCAAGUCGGUAUGAAUGGAGAUUUCUUUGAAAACUGCAACGAUACUAAAGUUGCAACCUGUAAUUGUAUGAAUAACAACAAAUAUAUGUACGAAAGCAAUCCUGCUUCUAAAAGCAGUACCAUUAGUCUUGAAGGUUUUUCGAAACCAUCUGCAAAUUAUUCUUUUUACCUUCCUAGAAAUUUACAAAAGCUAUAUUAUCAUGACAACUUAUACAAAAUGUCGCUUCCAGAGUUUCCCAUGGGAUUAAACAACUCAUUAACUCAUAUAUAUUUACAACGAAACAUCAUAUACGAAGUGAUUGGCCCUAUAACAGGUUUAAAGCGCGUUCGUUACAUCGAUUUUUCAGGCAAUUUCUGCAAAUUUAUUGCUAAGUCUUUCUUUAUUCCUUUCCUUGGAUUGGAGAUCUUAAAUCUCUCCAACAAUGCAUUGUCACAAAUGUUUGAAAGUGAUGAAAAUGGUGAUUUUUUUCAAUCCCAAAGGCGACUUACAGACCUAGAUCUAUCGUUGAACAGAAUCGCCCAUCUUCCAGGGCAUGUGUUUCAGCACAACUCUAAGAUUUCACGAUUGAAUCUGAGUUUUAAUUCACUUAGUGAUUUCAAUGUAAAAAUCAACCACAUGAAACACUUAUCACAGCUAGAUUUAUCCCACAACCAAUUGACGCAGUUGAGUAAGAACGUGAGGGCAUCUCUUGAUGCUAUAGCCACACGUAACAUUAAAGUAUACCUACUGGGUAACAAUUUGAAAUGCAUUUGCGGAACUCUUGAUUUUCUCAAGUGGCUGCGUGAUUCCAAAAGUAUAUAUUUUGUAGGUAUAAACAACUACACCUGCCUAUUUGAAAAUGCCUCGGCAGCGUCAUUUAAUGAAAUUGGACAGAUCGUUCAGGUAUUGGAGAGAAAAUGUUCGUCAUACACACUGAUAAUAGUACUGAUGACGACAUUAAUCAUUGUUACCAUGACAACCACAGUGAGUCGCAUACUCUAUAGGUACCGAUGGAAACUACGAUACAUGUACUAUGUUGCCAAAGAAAAAUAUAAGAGCGAAACUCAUUCAUGCGAGGAGAAAGAUCGGAGUUCUUUUCGCUUCGAUGCCUUUAUUUCGUAUGCUGAGGAGGAACGACUGUUCGUCUUCAAACUUGUAAAAUAUCUCGAGGAGAAAUGCAACUUGCGCUUAUGUAUUCAUCACAGAGAUUUUAUCCCUGGAACAGGAAUAGCUGACAAUAUUACCAACGCGAUUCACUGCAGCAGACACACAGUCUGUUUCAUGACGUCACAUUUUUUGCAGUCUCAUUGGUGUAUGUUCGAACUAAACAUGGCGAGAAUGGAAGCGAUUUAUGCACGGAGCGGACAGAAUGUUUUGUUCUUGGUCGCUUUAGAGAAAGGAACAAUGAAACAUUUACCACUUCAGUUGAUGGACCUUGUCGAUAGUAAUUCGUAUUUGGAGUAUCCAGGAGAGGAAAGCGGGAUUGAAAUCGCCGCGUUUCGAUCCAAACUGGGAGAGACGCUGGCAGCAGGAUCAGAUUGACAAGCUGAAAGUUGUCGUUCAAAGUUGCCAACAUCCUUUCUCGUGAAUAUUCUGUUUGAUGUCGUAUGAUAUAUUUGAAAUUACAAUUUAUUAAUAUAUAAAGUUUAAAUAAACAGAUUAAAGAACGGAAACAUUCGUUGUUGAUUAAAUCUUACCUAAUUCUAACUAUUUUCUUCGGCCAUGUCAUGUCUGAUUUUCCCCCCAAAGAUAUGUUUACCUAAACUGUGUCUGUGUUUAUAACAUUUGUGAUAACUAAUUGCUUUGAUGUCAUUAUUGCGUUUGCAGAUGAGGAACUUCUCAUCGUCUUUAACCUUGUAAAAUAUCUCGAGGAGGAACAUAACUUGCGGUUAUAUGCAUUCAUCACCGUGAUUUGAUCACUGGAACAGUCAUAGUUGACAACAUCACUAAUGCAAUUCACUACAGCAGCAAACUGACUGUUUCAGGACGUCAUAUUUUCUGCAGUCUCAUUGGUUUAUAUUUGAACUAAAUAUGGCGCAAAUGGAAGCGAUUUAUUCACGGAGCGGACAGAAUGUUUUACUUUGGUUGCUUGAGAGAAAGGAACGAUGAAGCCGUUAUCUCUACUGGUGAUAGACCUUGUCGGUAGUAACUCGUAUUAAGAGUAUCCAGGGGAGGAAUGCUAUAUUACAGUUGCAUUUCAGACAAAACUCGUAGAAACUCUUGCAUCAAAAUUAUGAAAAAUGUCGUCGUGAAAAAAUGAAGUACUUUCAACAACAAAAACCACAAGUAAAAGAAUUCAUUUUUAUAUGUUAAAUAGGCAUAUAUAGAGAAACGGUGUAAUUUGUUUCUCAUUUAUUAUCUUAUUAUCUUUUUUGGUAUAUGUAAUGAUAUGUAUCAUAGUUCUAUUUGCUUUAUAUACCGUGGACAUUGCUCUGGGUAGGUCAAUGAUAGAGCUUCUGACAAAAGUAGCAGUGGUCACCGAUUCACGUCAAAGUCCAGCCAUAUAUUUGUUGUUAAAAGGACACGACGGUCAUGGCCAUUUUUAGGCAAAAAAGCAAGAGCCCUGUAAUGAGAUAAAGUUAAAUAUUUAAAUUUUAUUUUAUUGGUAGAAUAUAUGGAUUUUUCUUUAAUGAAUAUCAGUUUAAAGACCAAAAAAAAGUACUUCUACAAGUUUAUGGAAAAUCAGGUAUUCAAUUUGUUGACAUUCCAGCCUCAUUAGUUGCUUAACAAUGUACUUUUCUUCUGCAAAUAUGAAGAUAGAUUAUUUUAAGUAAAAUCUUAGGUUUUAUAA